AUGCUUGUGUUGGACUCUGUGGCGCGCAGCCUCCACGCCGCCCAACAACAACAACAACAACGACAACAGCAGCAGAAUGCCGUGAUUGAUGCGUGCAUUGUGUUGAACCACGUGUUGCCAGAGGACACGGCGCGGUUCCUGGCUGCUGCGCAGACUGUGAUUGCGUGCGACGGCGGCGCGAACCGCCUGCGCGAGGCCUUUCCGGAGGCGGACGUGGACGUCAUCAUCGGCGACAUGGACUCUGCAGAAGAGGCGUCCAUCGAGCACUUUGUCUCUCUUGGCCAGCAGCGAGGCCGGCCUUGUGAGGUCGUUCGUCUCCCCCACGACCAAGACUCCACCGAUCUACAAAAGGCCCUCGCCCACAUGGACACCAGCGAUGUGCAGGGACGACCCACGGUGGUGGUGCUGGGCGCACUAGGUGGACGGCUGGACCACACGCUGCAGCAUCUCAACAUUGGGCUGCAGCAUGUUGAUCGGACGAGGCUCGUGUUUGUGUCGGACGAGUGCUUCACGGAGGUGCUGCCUGCCGGGGAAACCGAGCUGCGCAUUCAGCCUGGGGAGGAAGGGCGCGCGUGCGGGCUUGUGCCCUUUGCAGCGCCGGUGCGCGCGACGACGACGGGUCUGGUCUGGAACCUGCAGCCAACGGCGGAGCUGGAGCUCAAGUGGGGCGCCCUCAUCUCCACCAGCAACCUCGUGCAACCGGACACCGACACCCUCACUUUCCACACCAACAACCCCGUCCUCUGGACCAUCGAGCGUUCUCCCGUCGUCGCGGCGUGA